AUGUACGCGUACGCGCAGGGUGGCUCACAAGGGCCGCCACAUUACGCGGCCCCGGGCAACGCGUACCUGGCCGGCCCGCACCACCACCACCCGUACCCGGCCUACCAUCAUGGUGGGUCACCGACGCCGCCUUCAACCAUCACCUCGUUCAACAAUGUACCUGGCCCAUCGACGCUGCUCGGCCACCAUUACGCCUCGCCGCAUCACAUGCCCCCGCCACCACCUCCACCGCUGCCGAGUGCGGCCAGUGCGGGGGUGGCGGUGGCUGCCGUCUCCCACAACCACCAGGCGGCGGCUGCGGCAGCUGCGGCGGCGGCGGCCGUGGCGGCUGGCGUGUCCCCGAUGCAGACGGACCCACAGUUGACGGAGUUGGCGCCCUCGCUGGGUGGGAUCACCAAACGAAGAAGGUCUGAUGAGGAUACAUCCAGUGGUAACAAAUACAACAGAAUGGACGAUGACAACGUGCAGGACAAGGAGCGUUUCGCCAGUAGAGAAAACCACUGCGAAAUCGAGCGGCGGAGGCGAAACAAAAUGACUGCCUACAUCACGGAGCUGUCGGACAUGGUGCCGACCUGCAGUGCCCUGGCGCGGAAGCCGGACAAGCUGACGAUCCUGCGGAUGGCUGUGGCGCACAUGAAGGCAUUAAGAGGAACCGGCAAUACCAACACGGAUGGAUCGUACAAACCAUCCUUUCUAACCGAUCAGGAGCUGAAGCACCUGAUACUGGAAGCCGCAGAUGGAUUUCUGUUUGUGGCGGGCUGUGAUACGGGACGCAUCAUCUACGUGUCCGACUCGGUGACACCGGUGCUGAACUACUCCCAGAACGAGUGGUACAGCGGGAGCCUGUUCGAUCACAUCCAUCCGGACGACAUCGAGAAGGUGCGUGAGCAGCUCUCGACGCAGGAACCGGUCAAUAGCGGGCGGAUACUGGACCUCAAGACCGGCACAGUCAAAAAGGAAGGCCAUCAAUCAUCGAUGAGAUUAUGUAUGGGCUCGAGACGAGGGUUCAUCUGCCGGAUGCGGAUCGGUCCGCUGACACCGGAAUCGAUGGCACUUGGGCAUCUGAACCGACUGCGGCGGAAAAAUUCACUCGGCCCAUCCCCCGACGGUCACAGUUACGCGGUGAUGCACUGCACCGGUUACAUCAAGAACUGGCCACCGACAGAUAUGUUUCCAGGCGUAACCAUCGAUCGGGGGCAGGACGACGAGCUGCACAACACGCACUGCUGUCUGGUGGCGAUCGCACGGCUUCAGAUCACCUCCUCGACCACGGCGAACGAUCUGAACGCGAACAAUCCGAACGAGUUCAUCUCGCGCCACGCCAUGUGCGGAAAGUUCACGUUCGUCGAUCAGCGGGUGAUUGGUGUGCUGGGAUACCAGCCGGUUGAUCUGCUCAACAAGAGCUGCUACGAUUUCUUCCAUCCGGAUGAUAUUGCGCACAUGAAGGAAAACUUCGACCAAGUUCUCAAGCAGAAGGGUCAGAUGUUCUCCGUCAUGUACCGGUUCCGGGCGAAGAACAAGGAGUGGGUUUGGAUGAGAACGCAGGCGUACGCCUUCCUCAACCCGUACACGGACGACAUCGAGUACGUGGUGUGUACGAACAGCUCCGCGAAGGCACUCCACUCGACGCAUGACUCGGUGACGGCACCGGAACAGACGGAUACACCCGUCGCAUCCUAUCCGGCGCCCGGGCUGGACUACACGCUGCCCGGUCGAAGGGAAACGACCCCGUCCAGCAACAUCUACAAUCCUCACAAUCUGAUUUCACACUUGCCAUCGCAGCCGCAGACAGCAGCGCAGGCGGCCGCCGCUAGCAGUAUUCAACGACCGGAAAGCGCACACAACGCCGUGCAAUAUAGCUACAAUCCGACACCAUCGCCAAUACAGUACGGUUCUCCGGGAACGCCUAGUGGUGGUGCGACGGGCGCGUUAGGGCACAUUUCCAAAACUAACAAUACCUCGCCAACGCCGGCAGCAACCGCGUGGACUCUACGGCAGCCACAACCCGUCACCGAAGGUUACCAGUACAGUGAACUAAGUCCGAACCGAUCACCGACCGGGCCGACCUACACCCAGCUCAACGCCUCCCGCCAGACGUCAACCUUUACGCCGUCAUCGCAAGCUGGACCGGGUAUCUGGAGUGGUUGGCAAUCGCAUCAUCACAACACGGGACCGGAACCGAUGCAAACGGGUGGUUCCGGUGGUACGACUAACGGUCCCGGUGCGCCACACACCACCGUGGGGCUCGCCCAAGAAAUGGCCACUGAUAACGCGCAGCAACAACACAUGCAACAGCAGCAGCAGCAGCAACAACAGCAACAUCCGGCCCUCCACGGUACGGGUGGUGGUGGAGGAGGCGGUGGGGGUGCUGGUGGAGGUGGCGCAUCGCACCACGUCCCGCCUCAUCCGCAACACCCGCACGCGCAUCAUCCGGUGCAGCAUCCGCACCACGCGCACCAUCAUCACCACCAUCAUCCGGGACAGAUUCAUCCCGGGCAUCAUCCGGUCGUAGGGCAACAUCCGGGCCAAGGACACGAACUAACCGAUAUGCUGCAGAUGCUCGACCAGAGCGGGACCACCUCCUUCGAGGAUCUCAACAUUCACAUGUUUAACACGCCGUUUGAAUGA